AUGAUAGUGUCCUAUGCGGUUUGUGCUCUCAACAAUACAGAGGCAAGUGGAAUCAAUGGAACAACGCUCAUUUCAGAUGCUGAGCAUGGAAGUGGUGGUGGUAUCGACAACCCAGUUCAAGAUGCUCCUAAUCUCAGCCGUUACGAGAAGUUCGUGCUGGAAACAAUGAACGCCUCCAAAGAUCCCUGCGACAAUUUCUACCAGUAUGCAUGUGGCAACACAGUCGCAAAAUGGAGGACAGAGCACCGGUACGCUCAACGCCACAACCUCAAAAAAGAAAUCGAAUUGGAACUCCUUUCGAACAUGCACGAACUGAUUAUGAACAUCAAUAAUUCCGGCAACGCUUCCGGCUUUGAACGAAAGCUGAAGAACUUCCAUUCGAUGUGCAGAAGGUCAUUGGCACAAAACGCGAGCACUGCCAUCGGUGAUAUUAUCCGUUUCAGUGAAAAAGCUUUCGCGCAGUUUGAAAAUGAAAGUAGCUGCUCUUUGAUGGGAAUAAUGAAUCGUGAACUGGGAGUGCAAGCGGUCUAUAAGACGUCUGUGCAUCCCAACGAAAAGAACGCAAGCGAAAACCUUCUGUACAUUAAUACCCCACUAUCCAUGUUCACGUGGGAUUUUCACAGAUAUGGGCGUCGAAGAGCCAUUCACGCUUUUACAGAAAUUUUAGCCAGUUUCCCUAACCGAACAUCUAGCGAUGCAGAUAUGCUAUGGACGGCACAAAACAUAACCGAUUUUGAUUACUUUAUUGCUUCGUUACCAAACACCGUGCAAAGUGAAGGACUGUAUGGGGAAAACAAGAGCGUUUACUUUCCAAUAAUAAACUUGAACGACAUCAGAAACGACUUUGGCCAUUGUUCGGUGGAAUUCCUGUCUUCUUUACUCGAAGAAACCGAGGAGCAACUUAGCCAUCGGAAGUUUGUGAUUCUUACUCCUGAGCUGUAUCCGAUAUUAGAAAGGCGGAUAAAAGAAUUCGACCCCAAGGAAUUUCGACUCUACCUGCAGCUUGUUGUAAUCGCACGCUUGCUAAAGCAGGAACGGAGUCAACUUAGCGAAGCUCAAGCAACUACCGCCUGUCUGCGUUUGGAAGAAAGAUUGUUUUCGCACAUGCUCAGCCGUCUUGCCAUCAACGAUGGCUUUGCAGAGGCGAAAAGACAGGGAGAGUAA